AUGGUGAAGAAAGAGAAGAAACAAGAAGAGUCACACACAGAUCAGAGCCAGCUGAACCGGCUGACCGAGCAAUCGGAAGGCGAGGCCAACACGUCCCUUAGUGCGCGCAUAGAGGCUUCGUUCUACCUAGAAGCCCCAGAAGACAUCAGUAACAACUCAACUAGAGAAGAAGAGAACACGGGGAAUGAUAUACCCUUAGCAGCCUGA